UUUACUCUAGUCUUCAUGGCAAGAAGCCUCGAACGAAAGUGUCAACAUUAUUUGAGAGAUAAUGCUUUGAACUUAUCUGUCAGCUGCAAUGUUGCGAAAGUAGGGUAAAAUGAUAAUAACAAAUUAUAAUGCCUGUCAGAAGAUUCAUUCUCUGUUUACAAAGGGCUGCGUAGUGCGUCACAAUACUCAUAAUAUUCAUAACUUACAUACUGUUAUUACAUUUUAUUUCAUUCCUUAAAAACGAACAUCUGGUCAAGGAACAUUAUGAAAGACACAUCCUACACAGUGGUACCGCUGCAUGAGAGAAUAGAGCUCACACCUCAGUGCUGUAAAUUAGUAAAUUCUGAAUGGCCGAGAAGCGAAGUUGCACGGUUGAGAAGCUUGAAUUCUUCAUGUGAUAAAUUUCCUACGUGUCUUCUUCUUUUGGAUGAUACAUAUGUCAUAGGACAUUGUAAAAUAUCCUUAGUACCUAAUAUUUCGGACAGUUGUUUUAUAGAAUCUGUUAUAAUUGACCAAAGAUACAGAGCACGUGGGUUUGGAACUAUGCUAAUGCAAGGAGCAGAGGAAUAUGUAGCAAAGCGAGGUAUCGUUAAUGUUUUUCUAUCAACAAAGGGGCAAGAAUACUUCUACAAAAAAAUGGGAUACAAAAUUUGUGACCCAGUGAGCUUGUAUGGAAACUCGUAUAUUACUGGGGACGGAUUGCCUCCUAUUCCAAAACAGGUGCUGAAGGACUUUAGAUCAAACGGACGAUCUCCGCCUCCUAUGCCUGUUAUACGAAAUUCUGGGUUUCCAUUUUCAACCGUGAAAACGUACAUGGUAAAAAAUAUGUGAAUUAUGAUAAUUGUUACAAUACCGACGCUUAUUAUUAUUAAUACUGUCUGUAUGCCUUGUAAAUGAAAUAUAUUUUUGAGAUAUUUUUAUUUAAUGAAUAAACACCGUGACAACGUA